AAUUGUCAUUAUGUGAUUUCAUUUUCUUAUACGUCAAACAUGGAAGAGGAUCGUCUUUUUGAUGAAAGAAUUUCUAUUCGAGAUUCUGCUCGCCCACUAAAAAAAUAUGGAAGCACAUGCAAUCAUAUGAAGAGGAACGAGGAAUACAUCAAACACGUUAUGUCGAAGGGUGAUACAUUACAAGGAAUUGCCCUUAAAUAUGGCGUUACAAUGGAAAAGAUAAGACGAGCGAAUCGUUUGUUUGCGACCGACAGUUUGUUUUUGAGAGAAUAUUUACUGAUUCCUGUAACCAGAGAUUCUCCCUUUUAUGAGAACGGUGAACGGGUUACGGAACCCUCCAUGCCCCUACAUCGGGCCUCAAUGUCGGACAUGUCUAGACAAUCACGGGACUUCUCCCCCGGAAGUCCUGAUGAAAAGAAGAGUUUUGAUAAUUUCCUUAACAGAUUGGAUUCUUCACUUGCAGACAUUAAAAAACAUGUUGAAAAAAGCAAAGAAAACAGCGAGUUCGUUAAAGACCUGGAGGAUGGGUUCGUGCGUCACCGACCGACGGCCCGGCUGCGUCAGUCGGCGUCGAUGGGAGCCACCUCCUCCUACAACGAGGUGAUUCCGCCCCCGCUGCCACCGCCCCCGGCCGCGCUCACGCAGGGCCGGAGAGUCGAUAACUCGCUGAAACGCCUCGAGAGGGCGCACGAUGACCUCUUCCAGUUGUAGCGCUCGAGACAGCGCAGAUAUGCGCGUUUCCAAUGAACGUGACGUGGGCGUGUGACGUCACGCGCCAGUCGCGUCUCGGCACGAGGGCCGGCGGUCGCUUCGCCGGCAAUGGACUGAGUGCGCCGCGGUGAGUUCUUCUAACGGCGAGUGAUAUUAGAUAGUCGAUCUUAUGCCUAUCGUAAUACGAUCUGUUUUACUUUUGAUAUGUUUAUGCGGAUUUGUUAGCAAUAUAGUAAGUAAAUCGUGAUCAAAAAAUAUCAGGUUCUUUUUAGGCUGUCUAAAAUAAUACGCCAAAGAAAAAGCUUCAAAUGUAAAAUUUUCAGUCAUGUUUGGUUUAAAAAACUACUUUGAUCGAUGUAUUUAUUUGCUAUAUUAUAACAAAAUAUUUUAGAAACUCGUUUGUUGUUUAUAUAACACAAUUAUAUAACCUAUAUUGUAUAUAAGAAAAAAAGAUGCACCCUUUGUUGCUGUUUUGAUCAUUUUGUAUUUAUAAAUCUUAGAAAUUAUGCUACAGCUUUGAAAAUAGUUAUAUGUGUAUAUACUAUAUGUAUAUAAUUAAGAGAAAAUGUAAAAUUUUAUAUAAGCCAAUUGUAUUUAAUGGUAUGCUUUUUAAUCGUCUAUAUUUAUAAAAAAAAUUGCAAUACUUGCACAGCACAAGUAUCAAAUACAUGAGAAACACUAUAUUUUAAUUUUACUGGAUAUAAUAAAAACGAUUAAAAAUGCAACACUAAUUAAAUAAAAAUAAUGUAAUGGUUUUAAUUAAAAGCGAUGCCAUACAAGCGGUUUGCAACGCAGUCGCAACGUGAUUGUUGUCGAUGUCCAGUGAAAAACUUUAUUCCAGAAUCACUUUAGACGAGUCGUCCAAUCGUUUGUUAACAUUGAAUACACUUAACAUUGACAGGUAUAAGAGAUGCGUGGCGGUAAUGUAAUUAGUUUAUCUUAAAAACAAAAAAUCACGCGCCUUACGUACACGCAUCCGGUUCUCAUGCGGCACACCGCCGCUACGUCGCCGCUCAUGUGGCAUCUCUCUUAUAUACCAGAUAUAUUGCAUAUGCUAUUCAAGUUAAUAAAAAUAACCUGUUUUGGAGAACUGAAUAUGUAUACCUAACUUAUGUAAACACGUAUAGCAAGGAAUGGAUUUUAAAGCGAAAUUAUUUCAUUUAUCAAUUUGCCUAUCGUUACAACCUGAAUUAAUUGGUGAUUAAGGGCAUAUGCACCAAAUUGGAAAUUGUCUGAUAAUAACACAACGUGUAAAAUAUAUAAUGGAAAUAUAGGAUUUUGUUACUCUAUCUGAGCCUCUAUCAGCCAUUAGUGGGACAGGCCCUUAAACUUGGUAUAGAUUAAUAUCUGUGCGGUAGAGAAUAUUUUGGUUUCCCAGAUUUAACCUUUCGUUACUGUUUUUGAUUUGAUAGUUUCAAGAAAUCUGUUUCAGAGCAAACUUGAGUUUUACUCCAUUUAAACUUGGAUAAACCUAACCUAUUAUCUAGUAGAUAAUGGGAAAUAAAUGGACUUCAGCAGCCAAGCAUAGAAUAAAUAGUAGCUAGUAUAGUUGUUGUCAAAUAUCUUGGCGGCUCGAAACACAGUCUUAGUACGCAAAAUACAAUGUUAGUUAAAGUGUGCUGUGCGCAAAUGACCUUGAGCCAAUAAGAUAUAUGAAAAGAACCGUUACUAAACAUUUACAACGAAUUAUAUUUACAAUACU